ACACUUUAAAUACAGAUAUUAAAAGUGCUUGACAGAAGCAAAACAUUCAGACACCGCUCCAACAAACACCCUGCUGAGACCCCCAAUAAUGUCUGGAAAGUGGCAGUUGACCUACCAUGAACAUGACGACAGUGAUGAAGAAGCCGACAUUCACGCCAAACAAGGAAAACACCCGACGGAUGAGUCAAGUGACCUCGAUGAGGAAUUAGUUCAGGAAGAAACAUGCGAAGCUAAGCAAGGAUCAAAAUGUGCUUCAGCUUCUGGAUUACUAGACAUAAUUAACACGUAUGACAGAAAAGCAGGUGCCAGUGCAGAAGGUUCAUUUGCUAAUUGUGACAAUUAUGCAGUAAGUUUCGAAAACAAACCAGGAAAAAGAAUCCCCAAAGCUGGAAUCCAUGCAGAAGCAGGAGUGGGUCGAGCUCGUGCUGAAUACAGCAUCUUUGAGGCAGAAGCCAGAGGCCCAAAUGCUUCCUUUGGUGCUGAAGCAAGUGUGACUAAAGUCGGAGCGUUGGCUCGAGCUGAACUUGCCAGCGCAUCUGCCAAAGCCGGUCCACUUCAUCUGAAGGCGGGUGUUGCACUUGAUACGGGUGUAUCCGCUGGCCUCGGUGGAGUGGAGGUCAAAUUCCUGGGAACUGGAUUCUCAAUCGGUCCAAAAAUGGGCAUUUCUUUGUUUGGUUCAGAAAUCUCAUUUUCAUUCCUGUAGACAUGCAGAUGUUCACAAAAUAAUUAUAUUUUAAAGAUAUAACAUUAUCCAGUUUACGUGAUCCAGAAUUCGCUUCAAAAACAAUAUUAUACUUUAACAAUUUGAAGAAAAUUAAUGUUUGAGGUUGUAUUAUUCUAUGAUUGUCAGAGUUUGCAUUAAUCUAAAAAUAAAUAUUUGUAUUUGAUUAUGUAUGUUUUGCUUUUCUGUUUUGUCUUUUUCCUUUUCUGUAAGAUAAUGAAAAGUUGCACGUAAAUGUUAUACGUGUGUUUGUGGUGUGUUUUAUGGCAGCAUAAUAAUAAAAUCAUGUGCUUAAUGUUGAAAAAAUAAAUAAAAACUGCCUGAUAAUGGCAAAA